AUGAAUAUGUGGAAUAAUUUCCAAGCUAAUCCUUUUUGUUAGUAUUAUAAAAUAUUAUAUAGUUAUUUUAAUUCAAUUUAAUAUUUUAUUCAAGACAAAAUAUAGACAGAAAUCAGUUCAGGUGAUUAAAAAUCGACAAAUGGUGUCGCUAUAUGAAACAGCUACCUGAUACUCGUGUUCAAGAUAUAACCUAUUUUAUUGUUGACAAUCAUUUUGUCAACAAGAUGAUAUCGGUUGAACGAAACAUAAAUCUAUGAAUAAUUUAAAAUAUAAUGAUUUCAUUUCUGGGCAUAAUGAUAUUAGAACUAUAAAGAUAGCGUUUCUAAUGUGAAGUUAAUUUUGUGAUUAGUUACUGACAGAUGACAGAUAACCAAACAGCCAUUAAAAUUUUGCAGUUCCUUCUUAUUGCUGGUGUUGUACAUACAUACAUGAAUGCGUUUUUACAAUCAGUAUAAAGUAAAGUAUAAUCAAACACUAUCACCAGAUGUAAUAUCUUUCUUUAAAUAUAGAUGUUAUGCUACAGUUUAUUAAAUUAAUUGUAAAGUACAAAUCUCAGAAAUAUUGAAAAAAAAGAUGCUGAACAGAUUUAAAUCAGCAUUAUUGAAUGCUGUUGGUGGAAGUGAACUUGGCAUACAAUAUCCUAAUGAUUCAGAUAAUGAAACAUUAACAGAUUACCUUAAUUCAAACAUUAGUGCAGAAAUAGAAAAUAAACCCUAUAGUAGACCUAGUUUCCUGGGAUUAACAACAGAAGAAACUCAAGUAAGUGCUGAUCACAGAGUAAGACCUAUCAUAGUUCCAAGGGAUUUGAGCCGAUUGCCAUGGUGUGCUGGUUAUGCAGAAUGUAUCAAUGCUGGUAAAAGUGCUUGGAAUGAGGAUCAAACCUCUGCAACCAGAGGAGAUCUUAAACUGGCUGAUGUUAAUGUUACCUUGCCUUAUGUUAUGUUCUCUAUGUUUGAUGGACAUGCCGGAUAUCAAGUAGCUUUAACAGCAAGAUUACAUUUGCAUAGGAUAAUUCUUGGAAGAUUAAUGGCAAUACCUGGAAAUAUGUUACUAAAUGAAGAUGAGGAUGAACUCAUAAAAGGAAGAGAUCUAGUUAUUGGUGCUAUUGAAUUAGCAUAUAGACAGAUGGAUCAAAUGGUAGAAGCUCAAGCUCAAGGAGGUGGUGGAGGUUGUACAGCAAUCACUAUUUUAUUUCUCAAUGGUAGAUUGUAUGCUGCAGGUGCUGGAGAUUCAAGAGCCGUAUUAGUAUUGGGAGAAAGUCAACGUGCAUUGACAAGAGAUCAUACUCCUGACUCAGAAUCAAAUCGCGUCAGAGCACUAGGUUUUCUAAGAAGUAACGAAUUACUGAAAGGUCACUUUACACCACUGGAGUUUCGUAAAAGACCGCUGCAAAAGGAAUUAGGAUCAUUGGUUCUCUACAGAGAACCUUACAUGACAGGCUGGGCAUAUAAAGUAUUAACUAAUUCCGAUUUGAAACUACCUCUCAUUUCGGGACAUGGGAAAAGGAGUCGAGUAAUGGGUACUAUAGGAGUAACACGUGGAUUUGGAGACCAUGGAUUAAAAGCAGCCAGUACUGGAGUUAACAUAAAACCAUUCCUAUCAUCACAACCUGAAGUACAAUCCAUAAAUUUAGAUAGUUGUAAUCUAACCGAACGUGAUUGCGUCAUUGUAGCUACAGAUGGACUUUGGGAUGUUGUAUCAGAUAAAACAGCAGCAAAUGUACUUAGGAAGACACUUGCCCCUGAUACUCCAUCAUUAGAAUACAGGCUCACAAUGAGUGCUCAAGAAUUAGUACAAGCAGCAAGAGGUAGGUUAGUUGGAAGAGUUUGGGUUGGCAAAUCAGAAAACCUUGAGGAAACAGAUGAAAAGUUUUCACCUGUGGCAUCGGUUGAUGAUAUCAGUGUUUUAGUGGUUCCAUUAUAUCCUUAUUUAUGCGAACACAAGCAAUGGUUGAAAACAACUCAACAAGAAAGAAGAUACUCAAUGGAUUCAUUGCACAUAUCAGUUAACAAUUCUGUAUAAUGAAAGAUUUAAACUAUAGGAAGUGAUUACAUUUAAGUAGGAAUGUUGGCAGUUGACAUUAAGUGUACAUUCACAAAUUAGUAUGCUAAUCAACCACAGAUAUACAAUUGCUUUUACAUUACUUUUAAUAAAUAACAUUUAUAUAUACUGAAUUUAAACUAUCUAACAAUUUCCUUUGGAGUGAUAAUUUAUUAUGUACUGCCACUUUUUAAAAGUGUAACUUAAAAAUGCCAUGAUUACUUAAUUGAACAUUCCAGUUGUAGAGUGUUGAAUAUAAUGUAAGUAAAUUAAUUUUAAACAUUACGCAGCAUCCAAAGUAGAGGUAAAGUUUGUAUACCUUCUCAAAGUGUAUGCAUAAUUAUGAGUACAUUAUGAGAACAAUAAAAAUAAAGUAAAGUAGUAACCAUUUGUAUGGAAAUAACUAUUGAAGUAUUUCAUUCAGUGAUUUUAUCUAUUCACCUUAUAUAUUUUCUUUCUAAAGUUAUUAAACUAAUAUGUAUGGAAUUAUUGUUAAGUGGUUGAUCCACCUUAAAGGGAUUACAAAUAAAAGAUACAUUGCUUUAUUUUUAAUGAUAUAAUAAAAAAUGUUUGUUUUAUCAAAUCUUUGUAUUA